AUGGGUCAAGAGGAUGCUGUCUACCUGGCCAAGCUCGCCGAGCAGGCUGAGCGUUACGAGGAGAUGGUCGAGAACAUGAAGAUCGUCGCCUCCGAGGACCGUGAUCUGAGCGUCGAGGAGCGCAACCUCCUGUCUGUUGCCUACAAGAACGUCAUCGGUGCCCGCCGUGCGUCCUGGAGGAUCGUCACCUCCAUUGAGCAGAAGGAGGAGACCAAGGGCAACUCGUCCCAGGUUCCCCUUAUCAAGGAGUACCGUCAGAAGAUUGAGAACGAGCUCGCCAAGAUCUGCGACGACAUCCUCGAGGUCCUCGACCAGCAUCUGAUCCCCUCGGCCAAGUCUGGCGAGUCCAAGGUCUUCUACCACAAGAUGAAGGGUGACUACCACCGCUACCUCGCCGAGUUCGCCAUGGGAGACCGCCGCAAGGACUCCGCCGACAAGUCGCUCGAGGCCUACAAGGCUGCCACUGAAAUUGCCCAGACCGACCUGCCCCCCACCCACCCCAUCCGUCUCGGUCUUGCCCUGAACUUCUCCGUCUUCUACUAUGAGAUCCUCAAUGCCCCCGACCAGGCUUGCCACCUGGCCAAGCAGGCUUUUGACGAUGCCAUUGCCGAGCUCGACACUCUCAGCGAGGAGAGCUACAAGGACUCGACUCUCAUCAUGCAGCUUCUCCGUGACAACCUCACCCUGUGGACUUCGUCCGAGGCCGACAACUCUGGUGCUCAGGCCGAGGCUCCUAAGGAGGAGGCCCCCGCCGCCGAGGAGCCCAAGGCUGCCGAGUAA